AUGUCUUCCUCGGCAAAAGAGAAAGGGUUUGGCCCCCACUUCAGGCACAAGAAAGGUGAGCUUAAAGCAGAGUUCACGUGGCCCAGCACAUUGGAUAUUUCUGCGUCUACACCCUCUAUUCAGGCCAACACUCGUCCCUUACGUGUAGAACCAGCAGUCUCCCAAAUACGCCCCACAACUGGUGAAGAUGCCUUGCUCGCUGAAAGCUCAUUCACCGCAACUUCCAGGGUACCUCGGCCUAUUGACUAUAAGCCCCCGGCAUUACAAGCUCUGAGUAGUGCGCUAGAGAAGUUGAAUAAAACAGCGGAGGUGUUCCCACCUCUGCAAGCGGCUAUUGGAGGACUGGUAUCCUGCGUCGGACCACAGUCUGACCGCAACCGGUCGCUUUGUGAAGAACUCGGCGACAGCAUCCACAAGUCAGACCUACGCCAGCUUGUCAGGCUUUCUGGUAGCCUGUUCAUAGAUGCAGUCACGGCGAUUCGAUAUAUUCGACAAACAGGGACCAUAGUCGACCCAAAUCAACUCGAGACCAUUCUCAUCUCAUCACUAAGCUCGGGCUUCCAACGCUUGGACAUUGAUGAGCUCUACACUGGAGCAAGGGAUUCAUCCCUUCCACCGCUACACACCCCCGCCUCCAACACCACAAUUCUUUGGGCCGCAGUGCACCAGUCCGACCGAGACCCACAAAAGCAGCAACAGAUGCUACUGAUACUCUGGACCGCAGUCUGCACUUGGGAGCCAGUCGAUAUCAAUAUACUGGCAACCCUGACCGGGAUCAAGGCGACAAAGGUCAACACACUGCUACAGUCUCUGUACUCCAUGCUGCACGUGUCGCAAGUGACCAAGAUGAUCACUACGCUGCACGCAUCGUUUCCCGACUUUAUGUUUGACAAGGAGCGGUCGGCAAAGUUCUGCUGCGACGAAGCGAAACAUAGUCAACUGCUCGUCGAAAGGUGCUUCGAGGUGAUGCAAGACCAACUGAAAUUCAACAUACGUAGUCUGGAGACAUUGUUCAUACCCGAUAGCGAAGUGCAAGACCGAUGGAUAAAAUAUCCGGGUCAUGUCAAGGAUGGGAGCUUCUAUGACCUGAUUGCAAGCCUUCGCUGCCCAACCUACCCCACGAUGAGUGUCAUCCUCUGA